AUGCGAUUUUCAAGCGCAACGCUGCUUUUGAGCAGUGUUGGCGUCUUCUCGACUUCCGCUCUUGCCGCACCCAUCCGCGUCGUGGUCGUAGAGAAGAUUUCAACAGAUGCACUCGAUAAUUUCUUUCGUUCUAUCCGCAUCGGCCAUGCUGCCGCCGCAGCCGCGGGACCGGGACCAGGACCAGGCGCCAUAAACGGCCACGGUCUCGCCGACGCCUCUCCCUCGACGGACGAAGUCCACGCAUUGCCAUUCCCUAUCGACUUUGGAAUCAAACCCGAACCAAGGCCUGCAGUGGAUGUGGGCGAGCCUGCGACCAAGCCGUUGCCCAUGACACCAGAGCUCGAGUUUGACACCUUUGGACCGCUCAUGGGUGUUCAUUCGGCUGGAGACUGCAGAGAUGAGAGUUCUAUGAGAGUCAAGUUUGAGAAACUCGAGGACAAGAUUCGCCACUGGCUCGGCAUGGCGCUCAUCUCGCGUUCGCCGCUCUGUGGAAGUGAACAGCCAUUAUUGUCUAAAUUUGAGAUUAAUCCGAAGAAGAUGGUUCCACCUCCGGGUCUCGUCGCCUCUGGACGCAUGCCAUGCCACAGUAGCGCCGCGACAGCUGCGACGCCGGGUAUGAUAGGAGUCCAUGUUGUGUCGACUCGUCCUCCCAUGAGACCCAACUUCUGGAUGCACCGCAUGCGCCCGCAGUCGUUUAGCGGACGACUUCAACGCGCUCUCAACUCACUCACGCCAUUCGAAUCUGGUGUGGUUGCGUUUGUCGUUGGAUGCGGACUCGGGGUUCUCGUUCGAAUGAUCUUUGUGUUUAUCAUCCUGGGCGUUCGGAUGUGGAAGUGUAGCAAGAAGAGACAUGAUGGUCAAGUUCAAUUGGGCGAAGAAGAGGAUGAGGAUGCAAAGGAGAUUGUGGGCGUCGUCCUCUUUGACGCUGGAUCGAUCAAGGCGGCCUCGGUCGACGACUUGCCGCUCUAUCAAGAAAAGGUGUAG